ACAAGGACAAACUGUGAACUUUGAACACCCUGUUGAUGCCGCCACCACAAAGUCUAUGCCCGUUUGCAUAAACGUACAAAUUGGAUGAAAAAACCUUGCUUUGCAGACGAUAACUCUUUGAAUGUCAGCUCUGAGAGAGAUAGAGGCAAACAUACAGACAUACAUAUGGCUGUAUACACAUGUAUGAAUAUAUGCACAUCUCAACGUGCCUGUGUGUGGAUAAUCCAAAUUCAGACUUAUACCUAUGAAGAUAUUAAAUCUGGAGCACAAACACAAACAUCUACAUAACUUUAUACACUAUAUAGAGGGGCUCUGAAGGUGAAGCAUAGAGAAGCACUCUCCAAACACAGAUACAAAUACAAAGAAAGAAAAAUAACCAGAACCGAACAGAGUUAAAUAUGCUUGAUAUAGGCAUUGGCAAAGGAACCGUCGAAUUACCAUUUAUUGUGGAGCGUACGUGUACUGAUUGCGCCAACGACGGCAACAAUCAGCGGUCAGGAACAGCAUUAUUAACACCAAAAUCAACAUCAAAAUAUAGAACAAUAUCUGCAUCAAAUACUGCGUCAAAAUCCUGCUGGAAAUUUGAAAAGUCGACGGCCAGCAGAUGCCAUCCAUAUGUAAAACUCAAUAGAAAAAUCUAUUUAUGUGAAUAUAAUCGAAUGGCAACAAGCUGUAUAUAUUUUGUAUUAGUUUUAGCAAUUUUAAGUGUAAGAAAUAGUAGCGCUGCUUUUCAUAACAAUAUUACAAAUAAUUAUAAUAUUAAUAAUAAUAAUGAUAUCGAAGGCGAAAGCGAAACUCAAAACUCUGCUGGAAUACUCCACGUUAACGAGAAAGCCAGUGAAUUCUUUCCAACCAACAACAGCAUCAGCAACAGCAGCAACAACGACUACUCGAAUUAUAAACAUAAAUACAGUAAGCCCCAAUUAAAUGGGAAUAGUAAAAGUGAAUACCCAACACUGAUCAUCGCUGAGACUGACUCUGAGGCUAGUAAUACUCACAACAACAAUAGUAAAAUCAAUAACAACAACAACAUCAACAGCAGCAGAAACAUUAGCAGCAAUAAUGCCAGAGCAGGGAAGAACGCUGAAGAGACUGAGAAACAUCAUUUAGAUGCUAUUGAAAUAUUUGGUGCGUAUAGCAUACCCGACGAUCCAAUCUAUACAAAUGAGUUCGCCGUGCACAUACCCGCUGGCAAAUCCGUGGCAGAUAACAUAGCUGACAAGUACGGCUUUACCAAUAAGGGACAGAUUGGCGCCCUUGACGACUAUUAUCUGUUUCACCAUCAUCGUGUGUCAAAGCGUUCGCUUCGGUCGAGUCGCAAGCAUCACAGUGCCUUAAAGUCGGAGUUCGAGGUUAAAUGGCUACAGCAGCAACACGAGAAGAUCCGCCGAAAACGUGAUGGCCCCUAUCAAGAUAUACCUACCUACAGUCCGUACAAUAUUUUGCGCCAGACAAAUGGCUACGUUAUCUAUCCGCAUACGAAUACGCAUUUUUCAUAUUCCCCAGACCCUAUCCUAACACCGUCGUUGGUUGGAACCCAAUCGCCGCGCCUCGAGUACCGUGACGUUACUUCGCAUCUUAUAUUUUCCGAUCCGUUGUUUAAGGAACAGUGGUAUUUGGUGAGUAAAAAUGGCGGAGCUAAGGAUGGCCUUGACAUGAAUAUUGGUCCUGCCUGGCACAAGGGCUAUACUGGGAAAGGUGUCGUCGUAUCCAUUCUGGAUGACGGAAUCCAAACUAAUCAUCCGGAUUUGGCCCAAAACUAUGACCCCGAUGCUUCCUUUGAUAUUAAUGGUAACGAUUCAGAUCCAACGCCGCAGGACAACGGUGACAAUAAGCACGGCACUAGAUGUGCAGGAGAAGUAGCUGCAGUUGCCUUCAAUAACUACUGUGGAGUUGGCGUGGCAUAUAAUGCCAGUAUUGGUGGUGUUCGCAUGCUGGAUGGUAAAGUGAAUGAUGUGGUUGAAGCACAAGCAUUGAGUUUGAAUCCAGGGCAUAUCGAUAUAUACAGCGCAUCUUGGGGUCCAGAGGAUGAUGGCUCUACAGUCGAUGGGCCCGGCCCAUUGGCACGUCGUGCUUUUAUCUAUGGCGUAACCAGUGGUCGUCAAGGCAAGGGCUCUAUUUUUGUAUGGGCCUCUGGCAAUGGUGGUCGCUAUACCGACUCCUGUAACUGUGAUGGCUAUACCAAUUCCAUAUUCACACUUUCCAUAUCGAGCGCCACACAAGCAGGUUUUAAGCCUUGGUAUUUGGAGGAGUGUUCGUCUACUCUGGCCACAACUUAUAGCUCAGGUACGCCGGGACAUGACAAGAGCGUGGCCACAGUUGACAUGGAUGGACGCCUGCGACCCGAUCACAUAUGUACAGUGGAACAUACUGGCACUUCAGCAUCAGCUCCUCUGGCUGCCGGUAUUUGCGCCUUAGCACUCGAAGCGAAUCCAGAUAUAACUUGGCGCGACAUGCAAUAUUUGGUGGUAUAUACAUCGCGACCGGGGCCACUCGAAAAGGAGAGCGGCUGGACGCUGAACGGUGUUAAGCGGAAGUAUAGUCAUAAGUUUGGCUACGGUCUAAUGGAUGCAGGCGCUAUGGUUGCCCUGGCGGAGCAAUGGAAUACGGUGCCGCCUCAGCACAUAUGCAAGUCACGUGAGAACAACGAAGACCGUAAAAUCGAGGGCGCUUACGGAUACUCACUGGCUACGCAUAUGGAUGUUAAUGGCUGCGCUGGCACCAUUAACGAGGUGCGCUAUCUGGAGCAUGUCCAGUGUCGUAUCACUUUGCGCUUCUUUCCACGCGGCAAUCUGCGUAUAUUGCUCACCUCGCCCAUGGGCACGACAAGUACGUUGCUGUUUGAGCGUCCGCGUGAUAUUGUCAAAUCAAACUUCGAUGAUUGGCCAUUCCUCAGUGUUCAUUACUGGGGCGAGAAGGCCGAAGGGCGUUGGACCCUGCAAGUGAUCAACGGCGGUCGUCGUCGGGUCAAUCAGCCGGGAAUUUUAUCCAAAUGGCAAUUGAUCUUUUAUGGUACCUCAACGCAACCAAUGCGACUCAAGUCGGAACUUCUAAAUACGCAGCUACGUAACAAUCCUAUUGCGAACAAUCCAUUCUUAUUCUCUUCAGCCUCCAAUAUUGGCCAGCCGGCAAACGAAGGCGGCAACUUCAAUACGGAUAGUUUCGCCAGCUAUCUGAAUUAUCAAAACUUAUUCAGCAGCGCCGGCUCCAGUCCAGAGGUGGCGACCGCCACGCUUGACGGACAUAAUGUCUCGACCGCAACAGCUGUCCAAUCGCUGAAUGGUCUGCCGAAUGGCGAUAACAAGCUCAUACAGUAUUCCUGUGAUGCCGAAUGCGACUCCCUUGGCUGCUAUGGCCGCGGACCUACACAGUGUUUGGCGUGCAGCCACUAUCGUCUGGAUAAUACCUGCGUUAGCCGUUGCCCACCGCGUUCGUUUCCCAAUCAAGUGGGCAUAUGUUGGCCCUGCCAUGAUUCGUGCGAAACAUGCGCGGGAGCUGGACCAGAUAGCUGCCUUACCUGUGCGCCGGCACACUUGCAUGUUACCGAUCUCGCCGUCUGUCUGCAAGUUUGCCCCGAUGGUUACUUUGAAGACUUAAAGAAUAAAACAUGUGUACCAUGCGAGCCGAACUGUGCAUCAUGUCAGGAUAGUCCAGAGUACUGCACUAGUUGUGAUCAUCAUCUUGUCAUGCAUGAGAACAAAUGCUUUUCAGCCUGUCCCUUAAACACAUACGAAACAGACGAGAACAAAUGCGCCUACUGUCAUUCAUCGUGCGCCACAUGUAAUGAAGCUUCCGAAAAUAAUUGCAUUACUUGUCGCCCCAGUCGCUAUGCUUUUCAGAACAAAUGCGUGAACAAUUGCCCCAAAGGCUUCUAUGCCGAUAAGAAGCGAUUAGAGUGCCUGCCCUGUCAUGAGGGCUGUAAAACGUGCAGUAGUAACGGCAUCUGUACAGAGUGCCUACCCAACUGGACGCUAAAUAAAAAGGAUAACUGUGUAGUGGCCGGCAGUGAAAGUUGCUUUGAAUCUGAGUAUUUUAGCCAAGUUGAGAGCAAAUGCAAGCCAUGUCAUGGGUCCUGUGCGACUUGCAACGGACCCCUGUCCACCAAUUGUCUAUCCUGUCAUCCGAAUCGGCUGCUGGAGCAGAGCAGCUGUGUGAGCGGCUGUCAAGAUGGUUUUUUUAUGGAAACGGGCGUCUGUACGCCAUGUCUGCAUACUUGCACACAGUGCGUAUCCCGCACCAAUUGCAGCAACUGCUCCAAGGGUCUUGAGCUGCAGAAUGGCGAAUGUCGCACAACUUGCGCCGAUGGAUACUACAGCGAUCGUGGCAUCUGUGCAAAAUGCUAUCUCAGUUGCUACACGUGCAGCGGACCGCGUCGUAAUCAGUGCGUCCAAUGUCCGGCUGGUUGGCAGCUAGCUGCAGGUGAAUGCCAUCCGGAAUGCCCUGAAGGAUUCUACAAAUCAGAGUUUGGCUGUCAGAAAUGUCAUCACUAUUGCAAAACCUGUAAUGGUGCAGGUCCAUUGGCAUGCUCUUCGUGUCCCACACAUUUUAUGCUUGAUGGUGGUCUUUGUAUGGAGUGCCUCAGCUCUCAGUACUAUGAUGCAACAACACAGACGUGCAAGAGCUGUCACGAAUCGUGCCGCUCAUGCUUUGGUCCUGGCCAGUUCUCGUGCAAGGCAUGCGCUCCCCCGCUUCAUUUAGAUCAAUUAAAUAGCCAGUGUGUGCCUUGCUGCCCGAAUAAAAGCUCUGGCGAUAAUGAAACUGACUCUGGAAACUGUUGUCAUUGCGACAAGGACACAGGCGAAUGUAAGACAGCCUCCACAGCUGGCAAACGCCGCACCGUGGUGAGCUCUGACAGUAUUUUUAAGAAUGUGGAUCGAUCAGCCAUAAACGACGAUGGCAACAGCGGCACAUUUGCCUUGCGUCUUGACUCACCGCUGACAGCAAUCACAGCAAUUGCGGUUGCCAUCUGUUUGCUAAUUAUCACGAUAUUCUCUAUAAUAUUUGCCGUUUUACAGCGUAAUAGUAAUCAUGUAUCGAGGAAUUCGGUUCGGUACAGGAAAAUUAUAAGCAGAUCGGACGGUCGUAUGAACGAUCCGAACAAUGAAGCUAGAUUUAUAUUCAAUGUGGGCGAGGACGGUGAUGAUACAGAUGAUAAUACGGAUGAUGAUUUGGAUGUCACUACGAGGACUAUUAAGAAAGUCGCCUACGAACCCAAUGGUCCAAUGAAUGGAAACGAAUUUUUUAUUAAAAGUACAAAUGAUAUUGAUGCGGUUGAGUUUCACUGCAAACGUGCGGAUAAUGUGAAUCAAAGUAAAUUAGAUACGCAACACAAUGUAAACAUAUACACCGAAAACAGCAGUCCCACGUAUUUGAAUCAGGCAACGAGCAGCAUAAUGAAUAACAAGGUUGUUCACAGCUGAUUCCUUGAUAAAUUAUAUGCGAAUGCACCCAUACCAACAAUUGCAACAAAUGAAACACCAACAACUUUGAUCCUGAAUUUCUUGCUCUGGACUAGUACAUUUUAACCUUGAGGAAUAUAGCGAAUCGAAAUAUUUAACAUCCGAAAUGAUAAAAAUUUAUAUGUG